GCGCAUGAGCAGAUCCCGCGAGGACGGAAGUGAAGAGCAGCCGCAGGGUGGCGGGUGCUGCUGCGCUCGCUGAGGGGUGGGCUAGCGGCCGGCAUGGCGCCCUCCGGAAGUCUAGUGGUUCUUGGCACAGUGCUGCUGCUGUUGAUUUGGGGGACCCCAUGGGCCCACGGGAGGCGAAGCGACGUGCGCAUCAUCACGGACGAGAACUGGAGAGAGCUGCUGGAGGGAGAGUGGAUGAUAGAAUUUUAUGCACCGUGGUGUCCUGCGUGUCAGAACCUUCAGCCAGAAUGGGAAAGUUUUGCAGAAUGGGGAGAAGAUCUUGAAGUUAACAUUGCAAAAGUAGAUGUCACAGAGCAGCCAGGAUUAAGUGGACGAUUUAUCAUAACUGCUCUUCCUACUAUUUAUCAUUGUAAAGGUGGUGAAUUUAGGCGCUAUCAGGGCCCACGGACUAAGAAAGACUUCAUAAACUUUGUAAGUGAGAAAGAGUGGAAGAGUAUUGAGCCCGUUUCAUCAUGGUUUGGUCCAGGUUCUGUUCUGAUGAGUACUAUGUCAACACUCUUUCAACUUUCUAUGUGGAUUAGGACUUGCCAUAACUAUUUUAUUGAAGACCUUGGAUUACCUGUUUGGGGAUCAUAUACAGUUUUUGCUUUAGCAACUCUGCUUUCAGGACUGUUAUUAGGACUUUGUAUGAUAUUUGUAGCAGAUUGUCUUUGUCCUUCAAAAAGGCGCAGACCACAGCCAUACCCUCCCAAAAAAUUAUUACCGGAAUCUUCUCAGGCUUUGAAAAAAGUGGAGGAGGAACAAGAGGCAGAUGAAGAAGAUGUUUCAGAAGAGGAAGCAGAAAGUAAAGCAGAAACAAACAAAGACUUUGUACAGAAUGCCAUAAGACAACGUUCUGUGGGUCCUUCGUUGGCUGCAGAUAAAUCCUAGUUUAUUUUUAUAAAUACCUUAAUAUGAUUUUGACAAAAACAGAAGAUCAUUUCUUUUGGUUGAAGUGAACUGUGACAUUGUCCUUCAUGCAGUUCAGUCUAGAUUGUUAUUAGAUUGAACAGUCUACUUCCAGAAAAUAAAAGUAGCAUUGUGUAAAAAGUUUGAAGUAAGAUUUAAGAAUGAUAUGGUGGUUUAAACAAUUCUUUACAUUUUGAAAAGUCUGGUGCCAAGCAAUAAGAUUUGUGUAUGUUUGUUUAAUAUAACCUGUUACAAGUCUGUGCUGAAAAAUUACAUUUCCCAGGUAUUGCAUUAUUGAAUUAUUUAAAAAGAUUAGAGAAUCUCUCAUUUCUCAUUUGAUACAAAUUUUCUCAGUUUCACUGUGUGAAGAAAAGAACACAUUUCCUAUAAAUGGGAACUUUGUUCAUUGUUUCAAGAAAUAGGUAUUUCAGUGUCAACUCUGUGGUCCUUUAAAGAAAUCAGUUCAAAUUUUCUUCAUAUAUUUAGAUUAUGCAACUAACAAAAACUACCUUACUUUAAUUAUGGUUUUCUACACAUGAUAAUACAGAGUAUACUACUGAUUUAGGAAGUUUUUAUAAGUCCAUGAUAUUGAUUCCUUGGUUCCUAUAAAGUUGGUUGCCUUUUUUGUUCUCCUCUGUUCAUUGUAUGACUUUUAUUUUUCUUACCAUGGGUUACAUGUUUUAUUUUCCAAUUGGAUAAUUUCCUAGAAAUGUUUUUUUUUCAUGUAUUAAUAGUAAAUUUUUGUUUUUUCAAACUGAAGUUUACUAAGGGAUUCUUAAAGAGCUGUCUACUUAUGAUUUAAAAUUUUGCCCUCUCAUUUAGGGUGUUUUGCAUUAUUGUUGAACCUGUACUUGAACUUUUUUUGGGGGUGGGCUAUGAAGGUGAACAUUCCUGAUUUUUAUUUGAUGUGCAAAAGCCUUGAUAUUUUCCGUUUUCAGAAUUCACAGAAGCUUAGUUCAAUACAAAAUAAAAUUAGCAUUCUACUCAGGAAAAAACAUUCUAUAGUGUAUGUUUUCAAUGUAUAUUUGUCCUUACAUACAGGAAGUUCUUAAUUGAUUUUAUAAAGUAUAUGCUUAAUGUUUUAAAAUCAUAACUUUUUGUGUUUUUGAAAAGACAGACUCCAUAUUCUAUACUUUGUGUUGUGUGGUAUUUCACAGGUGGGAAUCAGCAGAAUGGGACAUUUAAUAUAGUUUUACUCCUUGAACAAUUAGAACAAUUUUCACCUUAUUAUAGCAAAGGGGCAGGGGACAGCUUAAGUAUUCAGAAUGACUCACCUGUCCAUUAUGUAAUAGAUAAUUUCUGUGAUGUCCCCUUUUGUCUAGAUUCUGUUGCUAUGUAAAUCCAUUAGGUUUACAGUAUCAUAGCCUACAGUUUUCUUUAAAGACCUCUCCUUUAGAAUAUUAGAUAAUCUACCAUUGUAGAGUUUGGCUGUAUAAUAAUUUUGUGAUGCUUUAGGAAAAUAACUUUAAGCAGAAAAUAAACUUUUCUAAGCACUUCAGUAAAGCUGAAGACAAGUGAUUUCUAGUUGCAUACUUAGAAAUGCUUAAUUUACUUUGUUCUUGGUUGAACAAUUGUGUCACUGUAUAUGUACUUUAAGUAUAAUCAAAAGGCUAAAGUCAUACACACAUCUUUUGUUACUUGGGAUGAUAGAGGAUAAUAGUGCUCAAUCAAGCAUUCUGUUUUUAGUGUACAUGACAAUAAAUUUUAAGUUUUUAAGUAAUUAUAAAAUAUUAUAUAUAUAGAAUAUUAAAAGUAGACCAAGUAUAGACUAGAUAAUUUGGAAAAUAGUUGACUUUGCAGUUCUUUAAGAUUGUCACUUGUAGACAUCCGAACAACCAAUUUUUUUCGGAGGCUUAUAGAAACUAUAUGGGAUUAUUUUACCUUUAACAGACUCCUUUUGUUUCAUAAUUCUUUUAAGGGGGCUGAACAUGGCAGUUUAGCUAAAACAGUUCAGUAGGGUGUAAGGUGCAGUAUCUGCAUCCUGGAGAACUUUGCCCCCCACCCCAAUAAUGAUUCAGUUCCACAAUGGAAAUACUGUGAAAUCUGAUCAUUCCAAUGAAAAAUGCAGUGUUUUUUUUUUACCACAUUCUGCCUAAAUACUAAAGCAGCAAGAUUGACAAAAGCAUUAAUGAAGAUUCCUGUAUAAUUAACAAUAGCUACCAUUCACUGAGUAUAUUGGAGUUGUGCUAAGUUAUUUUCCUGUAAUAAUUUAGUCCUAAUUAUGAUCUAUGAUAGGUAAGUACUGCACAUCAUUCAGGUGAAACAGGCUCAGAAUUGGCAGAAGUAGGUACAGUUUGAAUCCAGUUCUGAUUUAAAAUGUGCUUUUUUUCAGUUUGAGUACUGAAAAAUCAGUUAUCUAUAUGUCAAAGCAAAUUUAAAAUUCUUAAAAUUUCGGUCUUAUCAGAAUAUUGCAACACUUACUAUUCAGAACUACCAAUUCAGUAUUUGUGGUCUUCUGAUACUGGGUACUGUAAAACAAUCAAGUCUAUUAAAAUAAAUGGUGCUUUUGAAAGCAAUUUUCUCUCAGGUCA